AUGAAAGCCAAAAGCAUGGUAAAGAAGGUUAAUCUUUUGGUGCCCAAGAGUGUCUUAGGAUCUAGUUCAAAGAGGAGUACAACCAAUGAUGAAGAUGUGGAUUAUGCUAGUGAGGAACUUGAUAGUUCAGAUGCUGAUGAAAGUGACAUGGGUGAGAAACCUUCCAAGCCAAAGUAUGACAAGUUCAGAUCAGAGCUGCUCAACAAAGACUUUCAAUUCAAAUUAGGUAUGGAGUUCAAAUCUCUCUCUGAAUUUAAAGAUGUUAUUAGGGAGUGGUCUGUAUUAAAUGGUAGAGAGAUAAGUUUUGUUAAGAAUGAGAGUUAUAGGGUUAGGGUUGAGUGCAAGGGUAAAUGUGGCUUUUUGGCAUUAUGUAGUAAAGUGGGAGACAGUCACACAUACCAGAUAAAGACUUGGGUGGGGACCCACACAUGUGCAAGGGUAUUAAAUAACAAGUCUGCCAAUUCCAAGUGGGUUUCUAAGUUAGUGGUUGAAAAGAGGAAGUCACAAGGGAAAGUAAAGUUGUCUGAAAUUAUGGCUGAGCUUAGACAUAAAUAUUCAGUAGGCAUCACCAAAGGAAAAGCUUGGAGAGCAAAAGCUAUUGCUGAUGAAAUAAUUGAAGGUGAUGCAAAGGAACAAUAUAAUAUGUUGUGGAGUUAUGCAGCUGAGUUGAGAAACCAUUGUGCUGGUAAUACUGUCAAGAUAAACACUGAGAGACCACAUCCAACACUACCACCAAGAUUUGGGAGGUUUUAUUUCUGUUUGGAUGGCUGCAAGAAAGGGUUUACCCAUGGUUGUAGACCAUUUAUAGGUGUAGAUGGGUGUCAUCUUAAGACACAAUAUGGAGGUCAACUGUUAAUUGCUGUAGCAAGGGACCCAAAUGACCAAUAUUAUCCUUUGGCAUUUGGUGUGGUGGAGACCGAGACAAAGGAAAGCUGGAGAUGGUUUAUGCAAUUGCUGAUGGAAGACAUUGGAUCUGAGAGAAAGUAUGUUUUUAUAUCAGAUCAACAAAAGGGGCUUGUUAGUGUUUUUGAGGAGAUGUUUGAACAGAUAGAACAUAGGGUGUGCCUCAGAUAUUUGUAUGCAAAUUUCAAGAAGAAAUUUGGUGGUGGAGCUGCCAUUAGGGACCUUUUAAUGGGGGCUGCCAAGGCCACAUACUUCCAGGCUUGGGAGAAGAAGAUGAAUGAGCUUAAGCAACUUGACAAGAAGGCAUGGGAUUGGUUGAUGGGAGUGCCAACAAAACUGUGGAAAAGUGUCUUGACAUCGCCAAAAGGUGGUGGUCUCUUGAUAGCUGAUGCUCAAGACACAUAA